GCGUCCCCAUGGAAACGGCCUCAGUCCUGCGCGGCCCGGACCGCGAUGGCGGCAGGGGAGCCGGGGGAUCUAGGCGGCUACUACUUCAGGUUCCUGCCUCAGAGACCCUUCCAGUCUCUGAGCAGCAAGGAGACCCGCAGCCGGCUCCGCCAGUGGUCCAUGCUGGGCAGAAUCCAGGCACAGGCCUUCGGGUUUGACGAGACGUUUCAGACCUAUCGGAAGGAUGAUUUUGUGAUGGCUUUUUUCAAAGAUCCGAAUGUUAUUCCCAAUUUGAAGUUACUUUCAGAUUCUCCUGGACAGUGGAUUACAUUAGGAACUGAAGUGAAAAAAAUCGAAGCUAUAAAUGUGCCUUGCACACAGCUUUCAAUGUCAUUUUUUAAUCGAUUAUAUGAUGAAGGUAUUGUGCGAGACAAUGGACAUAUCGUUAAAUGUCUAGACUCCUAUUGUGAUCCUUUUCUUAUUUCAGAUGAAUUACGAAAAGUUUUAUUAGUGGAAGACUCAGAAAAAUAUGAAAUCUUCAGCCAACCAGAGAGAGAAGAGUUCCUGUUUUGUCUUUUCAAGCAUCUUUGCCUUGGUGGAGCCCUUUGUCAAUAUGAAGAUGUGCUUAAUCCCUACCUGGAAACUGCAAAACUUAUCUAUAAGGAUCUAGUGAGGAUUCUGUGGGUGUGUGCUACCCUUCAACAACCAGCCAUGAACAGACAUUUUCUUACUUCAUUGUGGACCCUAUCAAGCGCUACCUUCAUGUUUUAUACCAUAGCUAUGGGGUGGGGGAAAUGUCUCAACAGUAGUUUUCCAGAUUGUUUAUUUACUGUUUUUUUAUUUACCAGUUUUUAAAUUUUACUGCUAGUUCAUAGAAAGACAUUGACUUUGCAAGUUAAUUCAAAUAACAUGUAAGGAAUCUCUUAGAACAUAAGAAAACCAAUACCAAGAUGGCUGUCUUGAAAUUUGUCUGGAACACUAACACAGGAAAAAUUCCAUCCCAAAUGCAGUCUAUACCAAUACAGCUGUGGAAUUUUUACAGAAAAUUACAAAGAACUCAAAGUAUAAUUCAUAUUUGUUGCACAAAGAGUCAAGGAGUCCUUAAUUUUCCAUGUAUUUGAGUUUAGAAGCUAAUUCAUUCUCAAUUGAAAUUAUGGUAGAAAACUAAACCUCUCUACCUAAUAUGAAUUAUUAACUUUUUAAAUUUGAGUUUUAAUUACAAUUCUUCAUUGCAUAAUGACUGACAUUUCUAGGCCUGUAAAAGAAUAUUCCUUUGCUUCAUUUGUUCCACUUAAAAUCUUCAAUAAAAAAAUGAUGUUCUGGAAGUAAGUAUAAACUCUUCUAUCACGUAAUAAAUUAAAACUGCAGCUUCCCCUCAGCUAGUAUAAGAGCUACAUGUUAACAUGUGUACAGAGAGAAAAUUGUCCUGAUGAUAUUAAGUUGGCAGAAGGGUAACGUGCAGAGUCUUUUAAUACUGUCCCCUCAUUAGAUUCUUAAAAUGAGUAUAAUAGGUGGUAGAGAACUACAGAAAUGUGGAGUCUUUUCAGAGAGGCAAGAGAGGAAUGCAUGUUUCUCUGUUGUAGGGAUAAGGAUGUUAAUGUUGGACUUGAACUUGUGGAUUUAUCUGGAAGGCAGCUGGCAGUUUGGAUUUAGAACUCAGGAGAGUUUGUUUUAUUUCUAAUACUUA